AUGGAGUUCUCAUCAUGGAAGACUAUCAAUUUGCUUUACCCUUCUUUCGAGUUCAUUCAUAGUAAAAUUGAAGAAGCUAUUGAUUUAGAUUCACUAAACACAAACUUAAAAAGUUUAGUAAUCAUUGGAGAGCCAUUGUAUGCUGCACCGGACAUUAGUAGAUUUAAACUUCUCGAAGAUUUGUGGCUUGUCGAAUGUUCUCUUCAUAUAGCAGAUCAAGUGCAAUAUGGCAAAUACCUACGAUACUUACAUUUGUCUUCCAACGCUCUGACGAAGAUACCAAACCUUGUAAAUCUACGUCACUUGAAAAAACUAUGGCUGCCUGGAAACUCGAUAGAAAGGAUAUAUGAAAAUGAACUUCCUCCUUCAUUGGAAGAUUUGAAUGUCGCCGAAAAUAGAAUAUCAACGAUUCAAUAUUCUUUUCAAAAUUGCUGUAACUUGGAAACGUUAAAUAUUUCCGCUAAUCCAAUCCAGUCCAUUUUCGAAUUAUGCCAUUUAACGAAGUUGAAACGCUUGAAAAACUUGUGGUUAUGCGAUCCACUUUUCGAAUUGACAGCUCUAACGAAAUUGGUCAACUACAGAGCGUUCGUCAUCAAUUGCCUUCCGAACCUCAAGAGGUUGGACUUCCACUCUAUCGAUGAAAAAGAAACUGAACUAUCCAAAUUAUUUUUUGUUAACAAGCACAAUCAUUACAAAAUGCUUUCGGUGGACGCAACUUACAAUCAUUACUUAAACCAAGAAGAAGAAUACAAAAACUCAUCGCAGGAGCUUCAGAAACUGAAAAGAAAUUUGUACAUUCUAAGCCUCAAUGAAGAAAAGGCUAAGGGGAAAGAAGACGAAAACACUCUCAUGUUGAUACAGAAGCUUCGAAAAUAUUUGAAUAGUCAAAUAAAGAUUUGGCAAAACAGAAGAUUACGAGCUGAAGCUGAAUUGGAAGAACACAGAAAACUGCAUAUACGUCAAAUUGAAGUCGAAUUGGCAAAUUUUGGAAAUAUUAAAUUUAAGAUGCACAACAAAAACUCAUGUGUAGCGAGAACUUGUGAGAGGAUUUUGAACAGCUUCAUAUGUAACCAUUUGAAAUAUAUUAUCGAUUCAAUUGAAGUCUUAGCCGUGACCCAAGUUCUGAGGGCAGGGCAAUGCUCAUUGAAAUUCACAUCACAAAAUAACGAUUGGACCCCAGAGCAAAGCUUGGAAUCUCUUUAUAUACUGUGUGAGCCAUUGUAUGUUCAAGAUUCCUACGAACCGUUUUUUAAUUAUGUUCAGCAGUCACUUUAUUUUCAGGUUGAUGAAAUAAAGUACACGAUUUCUCAAUGCAUCGGUAAAGCUGAUUCUUCAUCUUUCGAUCAAAUAUGCAAUCUCAAUAAAGAUCAUGAUAUAUUUCAGAAAAGAAUUCUUUCUCUCGUCUACAUGGACAUGGAAAACACAAAAGAAAAUAUUAAAGUAGCAGAAAUGGGCGUUAGUGGAGGAACUUCAAACAAUAAUUGUAUAUUGCACAAUGUUGCCUACGAGUUAGUGGCGAAUCCCAUUCUACUUGUCGAGUUCAAAUAUUUUAAACAGGACGAAGAAAACUACAAGAGCUUCACAAGAGAUGAAUCAUUUCUUCUGGAAAGAGAACCAUACUUACCUUCACACUCUGCUUCAGAGAGUUUGUUUUGCAAUUCCAAAUCCUGGGGAAGCCUAUCGAAAAUUGUUGUCAGAAAGUUGAAUUUGAGGGCAUUUGGAUUAGUUCAAACUUUACCAAACGUAAAGGAACUAGACGCUUCUUAUAAUAAAUUGAUUUGUUUGAGAGAAAUUUGCCAUUUGUUUCCAAAUCUUGAAGUAUUAGAAGCAUCUUUUAAUGAUUUUUCCGAAGUUCCGACUAACUAUAGUAUGCCCUAUUUGUGUAACAUCGAUCUGUCCUGGAAUUUGUUCUCAAGCCUCUACGAUAUCUUGAAAUGGAUAAGGCGCUCAGCUUCAAGUACGACAACGCUCAUCUUAAAAUUCAACUGCUUCAUGGAUAUAAACGAUAACAGUCACGAAGAAUGUCUCGUCUUCAGAGCACUCACUAACUUGACGAUCUACAACGGCGCGCAUCAACAAAAAGAACCGAAAACCUUCUUCAAACUCGCCGAUAUUUCUACACUUCCAAUAAAACCAGUGCCAUCAGAUUUAAUGAUACCGAAACAUUUGGAAGUUCUGAAGUUGAACAAUCAAAUCGCUUUUACCGACUUGGACGGAGCCCAGAUAAGAUUGGAAUGUGAAGAGAAUUCGAUUUUCUUGUACUUGCUAAAAGAUGAUUCUUUCAUCGAACCGGACGCGCCGUUCACUUUUAAAGAAAUCAUUUCAUGUUCAGUAAUGAGAAGUCAAUUGGAAACAACACAUUUUUUGAAAAAUAUGAAAAACCUAAGAGAACUAAAUUUAUCAUUUAACCUGCUGGUAUCUAUGGAAAGAAAUUUGCCCUGGCAUGCUAACAUUGUUAAGCUUAACCUCAGUUGCAAUUAUAUCAAAUCUCUUGCGGAUUUCAAAGAUUUUGAGUUUCCGAAUUUAAAGUUCCUUGAUGUGUCUAAAAACCGAAUAGAGGAUUGCUUUGGAAUUAAAAAUGCGACGAAUAUCGAAGAAUUCAAUGUCUCAUUCAAUUACAUAUCAGAACUUGACAGAUUUUUGUUUCUGAAGUGUUUUAGAAAAUUACGCUCCAUAGACAUUAGAAGAAACGGUAUAGAACAAAUGGACACUCUCAAGAGAUAUUUAAUUUAUCACGUCAGAACACUGGAGUACAUAAACGGUUUUUCCAUCAGUGAGAGCGAAGUUGCUGAUGCACAUACUGCCGUUGGUGGAGUUUUAGAUAACGACUACUUAGAGUCAGUAAACAAGAAUAAAGAUUUGAAAAAAAUGAAGCAUCUUAACCUUGUUAAUGCAUCCAUUAGACUGAUUUCUCUAACAUCGAUAAAUCUAGAUAACUUAGUAAGCGUGAACCUUGAUAACAACACGAUAGAAUCGAUAGCAGAGCUACUUGUCCUCGAAAACCUCAAGUAUUUGAGCCUAGCCGGGAACCAAAUAUCGAAAUUCGGUGAAGCACCAAGCAGUGCGAUAUUCUACAAGCUGGAAGAGCUGCAUUUGAACAAGAACAGUAUUUCGAACCUGGAACCUCUGAAACUGCACAGAAUGCCUAAGUUGAAGACUCUAUUCCUCCAAGAUAACUGUAUCACUUCGCUCAGAGGCAUAGAAUACCUUGGUUCAUUACGUCACCUUAUUUUGGACAGAAAUAAAAUAAGUUCAAUAAAUUCCAAUGAUGUGAAGAGAUUUAUAAAUUUGAAAGAUUUAUAUCUGGAGUGCAAUCAUAUUAAUAAGCUUGAUUUUUUGCCUUCACUCAAGAAGAUAACAAGGUUAUUCAUCAAGAACAAUCGAAUAGAGAACAUGGAUACUUUAAGAUUUCUGAAACACUUGACAAAAAUUCAAGAAUUUACAUUUUCUGGAAAUCCAGUUUGCAGAAAAUUCGAAUCCUACGUGAAAGUGCUCACAUACUUGCCGAACAUAAAUUAUGUAGAUGGCUUCUUGAUCGAAUCAUUUACUCCGAUAGAAUCACAAUCCUUAAACUCGCAAUAAAGAUUUGUCAUUCUUUUUUUAUUUUGAAUAUUUUUUAUUAA